UAUAUCUCUUCCUACCCUUCUCUUCUUAAACCAUCAACCAUGGCUGAUCCCUACUCCAUCAAUGCCUCUUCUUUUGGUUUAUACCAUUACUUCUCUUCUUCUUCUUCUUCUCCACCUUCUAAUUCUAAUCCUUUCUCUCCUUACGAUCUCUUCUCGUUCUCUUACUCCAACGAUGAUAACGAUAAUAAUAACAAUACCCUAAAGAACCCGUCUUCCUCUCCUCGAGUUCUCCCGCUUUUAAGUUUAAGUCCCGUGAGACAUGAUCACCAAGAUCACUCAUUUUCUCGUAACAACAACAAGAACUUGUGUAGCCCUUGUGAAGAAGACGAUGACGAGACGGUUACUGUCGCUUUGCAUUUAGGGCUUCCAUCGGCUCCGUCUUCGUCUUCUUCCUCUGAUCUGAUUUUGAGACUUUCUUCAACUGAGAUCUCGGAUAAAUUAGAAGGUCAAUUAGAAGAAGCGGUUCCCGUCGUUGUUCCUAAUUAUUACUCGGUCUCGUCAUCGUCUUCUUCCUCCGCAACUGGUGGUGGUGGACUCAAUAAGGGUCAGUAUUGGAUUCCCACUCCAGCUCAAAUUCUCAUUGGUCCAACUCAGUUUUCUUGCCCUCUUUGCUUCAAAACCUUCAACAGAUACAACAACAUGCAGAUGCAUAUGUGGGGGCAUGGAUCACAAUACAGAAAAGGGCCACAGUCACUAAGAGGAACACAGCCGACAGCCAUGCUAAGGCUCCCAUGUUAUUGCUGUGCACCAGGGUGCAGAAACAACAUAGACCAUCCGAGGUCGAAGCCACUAAAAGACUUCCGAACCCUACAAACGCAUUACAAAAGAAAGCAUGGAAUCAAGCCAUUUACUUGUAGGAAAUGUGGGAAAGCGUUUGCUGUUAGAGGGGAUUGGAGAACCCAUGAGAAGAACUGUGGGAAGCUUUGGCAUUGCACUUGUGGGUCUGAUUUUAAGCACAAAAGGUCUUUGAAAGAUCACAUCAAAGCCUUUGGACAUGGACAUGCAGCUUAUGGGAUUGACUCUUUUGACGAAGAUGAUGAGCCUGCUUCCGAGAUCGAACACGAUAACGACUUGUCUCACAGCAAUGGAGAUUGA